GGAGCGACAGCAGCAGCAGCCCCGCCCUCCUCUCUCCACUCCCUGUGCCCAGCGCCUCUGUCCGGCCGGGCUGGCUUCAUGUGUUCAGCUUCUGACUGUCCUUCUGAAUUAGUUUGCUAAACUGUAGGAAUGUUCAAAUGUCAGUGGAUCAGGAAGCACAAGAUGAUGAACUGCUGGCCCUAGCGAGUAUUUACGAUGAAGAAGAGUUUCGGCGAGCUGAAUCGGGCCGGGAAGGCGAGAUCCAUUUGUGUCUCGAGCUUCCCCCUGACUUCAAGUUGCUGGUCAAAGGAGAGAACUGCAUGGAGUAUGACGUGUCCUUUCUGCCUCCCCUGGUGCUGAGUUUCGAGCUCCCGGUUGAUUAUCCUUCUUCUUCAGCACCAGUUUUUACCUUGAGCUCCAAAUGGCUAUCAAGACUCCAGCUGACGGCUCUGUGCAAACGGCUGGACGAGCUGUGGGAGGAGAAUCAAGGUGGUGUGGUGCUCUUCACCUGGAUCCAGUUCCUCAAAGAGGAGGCACUUGACUUUCUGGGACUUCAGUCUCCUCUGGAGAUCCCCAGUGGAGGCAGCAGCCAGCCUCAGCCUGACCGCAGCAGGAGUGAGGCCGCUGCGAAGAUGGCCGAAGGCGCAGGCGGAGAGAAGAGGAAGCAGCUGGAGCUGGACCCUCGAGCUGUCCUGGAAGCUGACCCUCAAACUGACGUGCUACCUCAGCUGCUGGACUUUGACGAAGCACAACGGCAGAAAGUUUUUGACGGGAAGGUCUUCUGCUGCGGCAUCUGCUUCUCGGAGAAGCUGGGCUCCAGCUGCAUGCUCUUCAAGGAGUGCCAGCAUGUCUACUGCAAGGCCUGCAUGAAGGAGUACUUUGAGAUCCAGAUCCGAGAUGGCAAAGUUCAGUGCCUUAACUGCCCUGAACCAAAGUGCACCUCUGUGGCCACGCCUUCACAGGUGAAGCUGCUGGUAGGUGAGGACGAUUUUGCCCGCUACGACCGCCUUCUCCUGCAGUCCAGCCUGGACCGGAUGGCGGACGUAGUAUACUGCCCGCGCAAGUCGUGCUGCAUGGCCGUGAUGUUGGAGCCGGACACCACCAUGGGCCUGUGUCCUUCCUGCCGCUACGCCUUCUGCACCCUGUGCAAGCGCGCUUACCAUGGUCUGUCCCACUGCUUGCCCACAGUUGAUGAGCUCCGCAACCUGCAGGAAGAAUACCUGUCUGCUGGCAAGGAGGAGCAGAGGUUUCUGGAGCAGCGUUAUGGGAAGCAGGUCAUCCAGCGUGCGGUGGAGGAGUCCUUCAGCAGGAAGUGGCUGGAAGAGAACUCAAAAAAUUGCCCUUCCUGUGGCACUCACAUCCAGAAGACACAGGGCUGUAAUAAGAUGACCUGCUCCUCUUGCCAUCAGUACUUCUGUUGGAUCUGCCUGGCACCUCUCUCCAGAGUCAACCCUUAUAGCCACUUCAACAACCCCAACAUGGCCUGCUUCAAUCAAUUGUUCCAGGGGGUAGAAGAAGAAGAUGAAUUUUUCAGUGAUGAAGACGAGUGAAAAAGGCUUCAACAGCUUGCAGCCCACCAUUCUGAAUGCACUUAACCCAGAGCACUUUCUCUCUUUAUCUACCUGCAGUGUGGCUCCUAGUGCCCAAAGGAGAGCAUCCCAUCACUAUUUAUUUUUCUGUUUUUACUCAAACAAGUCUUUCAAAAUGUACCAUACAGCCAGAAAUGCAGAUCAGGAUAUAUUUGCUGGUGAAGGAGACUUUGGUGUCAUAUAUCAAGGCUAACAAGCAAAGUGAUGCUUGUUUUCUGUGUUGGAAAGAAUUUUUAGGGGGUCUUCCUGAAGACCUGUCUGUAUUUUCAUGCUUAGAAAGGGCUGAAUAUUUAAAAAAUUGGGCAUCCCCUAAAAGGAACAGUUUACACUGUACUGCUGAUCACGCUGUUCUCCUGUAUCACUGAAGCAAUCUCAAAGGAACCUAGAUGAAUUUGAUUAUGUUCUGUUUACAAGGUUAAGGCUUGUAUAGGGGUUUCUUGUCAUUGGGGUGCAUUCUGAAAUACACCUCUUUGUCAUGCACUAGUUAUCAUGUUUGGCACAAUUAUGGAAUUAUUUUUUUCCCCUCAAUAAUAUUCCCUUUGGGGGGCUUCUUUCAUAAAGCUUUGUUUAAUAGCUUUAUGUUCCUCUUAAGGUUUCUAUUAAUGACCUGUGUAUAACUGAUCAUUCAUAAACAAUCUCAAACCAGUCUGUGUUUGGAAAUGUUCUGUACAUGCCACAGUAAACUGAAAUCUCAACACCAAA